AUGAACCACGACGUAAAGAAAUUUUCAAUCACAAAUAACGAUGGACUACAUAUUUAUCGUUCUGCCGAGUCUAUAUCGGGCAUAUUAGAACUAGAAAUCUCUAAGCCCUUACGAUUGCGUUGUUUCAAAAUACGUCUACAUGGUCGUGUUAAAACCAGGAUUGAAAAGGGAAACUCAAAACAAUCAGGAUUUAUUUGCAGUACUCAUGAUAUCAUUAGCUCAUCAAUUCUAGAAAAAGGCAAAGGUAAAGAACUUUCCUCAGUGGAUGUAUAUCUUAUGCUUCCCGGAGUUUACUCUUAUGAUUAUAGUUUUCAAUUACCAAAUCAGAGAAUGCCUUCAAGCUAUGAAGGUAUCAGAGGUAAUAAUAUCCGCUACAUGAUUAAGUCAUACCUGUAUUUAGCAGAUGGGUUACCUACUAUCAAAGCGAAAGAAAAAUUUACCUACUUUCAAAAUAUUGAUUGUAACGCUUUUGAAUAUCAGAUGAUGACUAAUUUACUUGAAAUCGAAAAACGACUCUCCUUUCUAUGCUACCCUUAUGGGAAACUGUUGAUUUCUGGUCAAAUUGACAGAAUCGCUUAUUGCCCCGGCGAUACUCUAGAAAUUUUAUUUGCCGAAGUCGAGAACGAAUCAAAGCGUUCUUUACCUAAUAUUUCAGUUGAUCUUGUUCAAAUAGUUCAGCGUUCGGCAAAACAUUAUCGACAGAAGGAUAAGAACAUUUAUUCUCUUGUUGUAUCUGAUGGAUUGAUGUCGCCAGCAUCUAAGGCAACCUUAAAAAACUUUAAAUUUGUUAUUCCUGAUUUAAGUCCAACUAAUACAAGCUCCGAUCUUAUUAAAGUAGAAUAUUACUUAGAUGUAAGCGCUUAG